UUCCAAUUGAAACACAUAGCAUGCUGCAGCACGGCAACCGUCGGGCGCUCUGGACGUCCAUGGGCGCAUCAUGGGUCCGCGCGUCGACGGGCGUGCUCCAGAAGCUCCUCGCCAAGGACCCGCCGACGCCGCCGCCAAGCGUGCUCGCGGCCAAGAAGGCGGCGCGGCUCCAGGACGCGCUCUGGAAGCCGGCGCUCGAGUUUCCUGCGUCGGCGCUGGACCGCGACAAGCGGUCGCUGAACCACUCGCUGCAGGUGCUCGAGCGUCUCACGCUGCGCACGCUCGCCCACGUCUUGCAGCCGACGCCAUUGGCCGUGCUCGGGUCGUGCUGCACGCUCGUGCUGGGCAUCGGCGGCCUCGAAGCCGCGUACCUUCUCGACGACUCGUACUUGCACGCGUAUCGCCAGCAUGACAACUACGCAAUAGCGUUUAUGGUCGAGUAUGCGUACGAGAACUUUGCGUCGAGCUGCAUCUGGGACACAAAGCCGCCGGCGUUGGUUGCGCGGGCGCUGGGGUUGGACCCACACGAGAUCCUGCACGAGUUUGCCGAUACGCCCGACGACGCGCAGCGCAUGCUGACGAUCCUCGGUCUGCGCACCCAACGCGCGCUCGUUGCGGGCUUCAUGCUGAUCGCCCAGGGGCUUGGCAUCAUGGGCGGGGCCAUGCGUGUCUCGCGCGACUACUCGAAGAACGUGUGCUCGGGCAAGGAGCCGCCGCUGCACGGCGUCAAAGAGCGCAUCAUUCGCCUCACGGGCACGGCCAGCGACGCAACCGAGGUGUCGAUGGCCCGGUACGGUGCCCACAUGCUGCCCGUCUUCAAGGACCCCCACAAGAUGCGCUACCUCAUCUCGCUGUGGUCGCACAAUGGCAAGUUUCCGUGUGUCUGGCAUGUGCCCGGCGGCAAGUACGGAUUUCGCCACUCGUGGACAGGCCUGCGCAUCGACAAGCGCUAUAUGCUCAAGACGACGACCGGGAAGCUCAUUUUGACGAUGGAAGCCGACGUCACUCGCGCCGAAGAAGCCUUCCACCUCAUGCCCAGCACGCAACCCGAUCUGAGCAUUGAAGAGGCGUCGCAGGGCUUUCGCUUGAUCGAGCGAGCGGCCGCCGCGCGGAUCGAGCGCCCGUUUCGGUCGCUGCGCGUCAUCCUCGGGGACUCGCUCCAAGUGGAGCAGCAAGUGCCACUGCGUGCGCGCUUGGACGCCAAGAACGAGUGCGACGUGUUCAUUGACGCCAAGGCCAUCGUGAUGCUUGCCUUGCUGAAGUGGGCUCACAAACUGCCACAAGACGCAACCAUUGUGAUUGAUUCGUCGCCCGAGCACUACGCGUACAUGGCGCAUCUUUUGGCUGCAAAAGGCCACGCGACGAUGCCGCAGUCGGAAGCCGCGGCCCUGACGCACGUCAAGACGGAAGCCUGGCCGCACCUUGUGUAUCUCUCAUCGACAUCGGCGACGAUCAACGCCUUGCAGACGCUCAUCCAGAGCAACCGCGCCGACCCGACCCAGUGCUGCGCGCUCCUCAACAAUGCCUACGGUCUCGAUCACUUGCGGGAAAUCGCGCUCUACGAAGACACGCGGAUUGGCUCGAUUUGCGCGGCCGAGCUCCACGACGACUAUUUUCGACAGGUUCGUAUUUGGACGCGCAUGGGGCACUCGGCGAGUGCGAUCCAAGCCGAGCUCGACACGCGCUUUGCCGAAGUACUCGCCAUCAAGCAGUCGACACUGGAGAGCGUACCACGAACAGCAAGCCAUGAUGUCUCUACGAUCGCAAGCACCGAACCCUAAGCUAGCUAAUGACAUAUGUAACUCGUAUGCCCACCGUCUCGCAUAGGCAGGAAAAUGAGAU